CUUCCCACCAGAUCCCCUGAUUGGGAACAUACUGGAUGGUUUCAGGCCGCCCGGAACCUUCACACUGAGGGGGAGUCGGAGAAACUAGAGAACAAGCACACUCCGAGCGCCAGUCGCCAUGUAAAAUUAGAUGACACAUGAAAGAGUUCAGAUAAUAUUCAAGAAGGACUCUAUCAUCAUUGAUUUGCAGGAAUUUCAUCUUCCUUCAGUAAUAUGGAUAGUGAAGAGGAGGAUUUCAGUACUACAUUAGCCUACACCAAAAGCCCAAAGACUGCAAAAAGGACAUCUUUCCAGGAUGAGCUGAAGAGAGCACUCAAUGCUCGUGUUUCAAGGCAACAGGCUAUAGAAGAAACCGCAAAUUCAGAUUAUUCUGAUGAGUUUGACUCUGAUGAUAGCUUAAAUGAAUCGUCAGAUGACAAAAAAACAUUUCAAUCAACAGCAAAGAAAACUCUUCGCAGAUUCCCAAUCUCAGAUGAUGAGAGUGAUGAUUUCCCAAAGAAGGUGUCAUUUCUGAAAAAUAAAAAUGAUAUUAAUAUGCAAGAUGGUCCAUCGGCUAAAACCACAGACAAUAAUGAAAAUAGUCAGCUGAAAUUUCCACACAAAAAGAGUAAAGAAUUAAGAAUUUUAGAUGACAAUGAGAACAAGCCAACACCAAAACCAAGAGAAAUCAGAUCAAAAUCACCUUCCUCAUCACCUGGUGUCAGUGCUUCUCUAUCAGAGGAACGCGUUAAACCAACACCAACAAAGAGAAACUUUCUUAAAAAAGGUAGCCACAUAGACAAAGAUUCUGGCGAGACAGAGGAAACACAUUCCAGCCCUAAACAUGCCUCUCUUUCUGCGCCUUCUUCCCUAACCAGACUACAUGACAAAAACUCUGCAUCAGAAAUACUUUCCUUCACUGAAAGGCAUAGCUCGCAGGGACAUAGAAUUUCAAAUCAACCAUCAAUGGAUUCAUCAAUUAACUCAAAAUUCCAGACAAGAUCUCUUUCAUUUGGUGAAAAUAGUCUGACUCUCUCCAAGGAAUUACCAGAUUUCAAAGAUCUAGAAAUAAAAGACAAAGAGCCUUUUGGGGUUUCCGAGUCACAGGGCAAUGGCAAAAAAUCUCCAUCAGUUCUGGAAAUGAUGCUCAAAACUGUUUAUGAGAAAACAAAACAUUCAGAGAACGAUGAUCAUCCACUUCAAGAAAUGGGGGACAACAGUUCGUUCGAUCAACAAACAGUCCUGCAUGGAAAACAUUCAAAGGAAGAUAAUUCUGAACUGGAUCAAUCUGAUGCAAGCAGGACAUUACCUUCUGAGCAUAGUAGUAAAAGAGCAUCAAAACAUCACGCACGUUGGUCAGCUAAAUCACGCUACUUGGGAACCCUUACAUUGUUGGACAAGGCGAUCAAGGACAACAGUUGCGAUGUAGAACCAGCAGAUGUCUUACGAGCUACUGUUUAUCAGAAUUGGCUGGAAAAGAAAAAGGUGUUUAUUCAAGAACUGCAUAAAAUAAAGAAAACUGAAGAGGAAGAGAAAAAAAAAAAAUCCAGCAAGGAUAAAUCUUUUAAAAAUCAAGAAGCAACAGCUGCUUUCCAUUCAUGGAAGUUAGAGAAGCAGAAAGAAAUUAAGCAAAUGUUAAUGAAGCAAAGGGAAGAGGAGGAAAAAAAGAUGAAUGAAGUUCAAGAGACUUUACGCAAGAAAGAAGAGGCUCAAAAGACUUUUGAAAUAUGGAAAGAAAAUAAGAAGGAAUAUUUGAAAGAAAAAAUGCUAAAAGAAAAGCAGCUUGAAAUGGAGAAAAAAAGGAAGGAGCAAGAAAGUAUUAAGGAAAAGCAGAAUGAUAACAAGUCUGCUGUAAAGAGCUGGAAGGAAAAAAAGGAACAUGUAUUGAAACAAAAGAAAAGAGAAAAGAUGACAGAGAAAAUGAAACUAGAGAAACUUAAGGCUGAGAAAGAAGAACAAGAAAAAAGAGCAAUGGAAAUCUAUGAAGAAUGGCUGGAGAAGAAGGAAAGAAGAGAGAGAAUUGAACAGAAGCAGAAAAAGCUUCAAAUUCUUUUAAAUGAUGAUCCUCCACCUCCAUGGAGUCCUCCAGGCAAAAUAAUUCCUACCGGGAAAUGAUUGGAAAUAAUCUUUUUCUCCAUUUCAUGUAUUGAAAUCUCAAUAUUGCCUAACAUGUUAAUUGAAAUGGCUUUUGCAUGUUGAGUCAUUAUUAUGCUGUAUGGUUCUAAACAUUUACAAAGCAGGGUGUGAAAUUAUGUUGGCAUCACCGCUCUUGAAAUUGAAAAUACAUUUCAAGAAUGUCAAUUCCUCCUACAUGCAAAGUAUUUUAAUUUAAAUUAUUCUUUUAUUUAUAGCAGAUUGUUGCUGAUUUUUUACAUUAACUGAUUCCAUGCAUGUAUGAUGGUGA